AUGAAGAGAGUUUUCGGAAUAAAGAAAGACAAAGAACCCCCACCUACGAUUAACGACGCCUCCGAUCGAAUCAAUAAAAGAGGUGACACAGUGGAUGAGAAGAUCAAAAAGUUGGAUGCGGAACUUGCUAGAUACAAAGAGCAGAUCAAGAAAACCCGACCAGGUCCAGCUCAAGAAGCUGUCAAAGCUCGAGCCAUGAGGGUUCUUAAGCAAAAAAGAAUGUAUGAAGGACAGCGCGAUAUGCUAUACAACCAGACAUUCAACCUGGACCAAGUUUCCUUUGCUGCCGAGGGAAUUAAAGAUGCUCAACAAACAAUGUCAGCUUUGAAAUCAGCAAACAAAGAACUGAAAGGAAUGAUGAAGACCGUGAAGAUUCAAGAUAUAGAUAACUUGCAAGAUGAGAUGAUGGAUCUGAUGGAUGUGAGCAAUGAAAUCCAAGAGUCCCUUGGUAGAAGCUACAAUGUACCUGAUGACAUCGAUGAGGACGAACUCAUGGGUGAGCUUGAUGCUCUAGAAGCAGACAUGGGGAUGGAGACUGAAGGUGAUGGGGUACCCGCUUAUCUUCAACCUGAUAAUGAACCUGAUCUAGAAGCAGAACUCAGCUUGCCUUCGGCACCAACUGGGCACGGAGCGGUUCCAGCUGGAAGAGCCAACAACCAGGCUGAAGAUGAACUGGGUUUACCCGCUGUCCCUCGUGCAUCCCUUCGUGGUUAGAGAGCGAGUUGGCUGGGGUGAGUUACUAUUUGCAUUUUCUCAAGGGUCUAUUCAUCAUCUCGGAGGGAUCAGGUUGGGUUGAACCAUUGUAAACAUACUGUGCAGAAUUUAUCCCUGGUUGCUGUAGUGUUGUUUUGCUAAUUAAUGUCAAAUAAUUGACUAUAUUUCAUGAUAAAGCACCACGGUGCACACUAAAAAGGUUCCAAAAGAAAUUAUUAUUGUCAACAGGCUGUGGGAAUUGGGAGGGAAAAUUGCAGGAAAACUGAUUUCAAUGUGGUUAUUGAUCAUUUUAUGUGGAGAUUCUGUGAAAAUUUAUAUUGCAUUAUUCUAUCCAUUUAACUUAUGGUAUGAUAUUAUUUACCCAAAAAAAACGUAUGCUAUGAUAGGUUGAAUUGGGGGUGAGUUUGACCAAGACUUGGUACCAUGUGUGCAAAAGUAUUUCAAGUGGCUAGACUUGUCCUGUAAUCUGGAAAGCUUGGUUGAUGUACCCAUGCCUUCAUUCCUUAAGGUGACCAUAUCAAAAGCAAAGUCCCUCAUCUCUAACGCAAGUGCUCUAGAAUUUGCUAAGAGAUUUAUGGUUUAUAAGGUUACACUUGACUUUAGUCCUGUAUUCCUUCGGAUUGUCCGUACUCUCUCUUUUGGAGUUUCAGUUUUCCUGUUUUAAGAGUUGCGAGUCAAUUUGCUGUGUUCGUACAGGUUAUGCGGUGGAUCUUAAGUUUACUCAUGUCAAGGUCUUCCGACAUCUAAAUGUAGAUCUCCCCCAUCAGUCAGACAGAUGCGAGCGUUAGAGAUUCAAGAUUCCCGAUAGAAUCGAUUCAAGCGAUUGAAAGAGGACAGAUUGAUUGAUAGUGGUUGGACGGAUGACCGUGUUAUUGGAUGAGCUGCUUUGCUAGACUUGUCUAAAAUUAAAUGAACUCUCAGGAGCUAAACCAAGGAGCUAGUCAAACUCACAUGUAAUUGGUUCGAGUCUCACUAGUUAUAUAAAUCUUGAAUUUGUGGUUAUACAUGUGCACCUGACGACUUGAAGAAGUGGCACUGGCCCAGCGUUUCGAGUCUUCGUUCCUUGCCUUUUGCCUAAUGCACCAGUUUACAAGAUUGUGUUAUUUUCUAUCGAUUUCAAAGAGGGAAAGAAUCAUUCCUAGAUCUAUGAAUUACUUCCUUUUCCGGUACCCGGAAUUUA